GCACAGAAACGCGUACGCCCUAACGUCCCCUCACGUCCUCAACUCACUCACUCACGCACUGUCCGCUGUCUUGAGAACCUUGGAUGGGCGCUCGCCUCCCUCGCCCCCCUCACUACUCCCACCCCUGCUCUGUCUCUUCUGCCGGUCAACAAAGUCCUGCAAGCUGUCAACUCCAAUCCCCCUCUUGGCCAGCCCCUCACGCAGAGCCGUCUCCAGCCCCUCGCCGCCAUCCAGAGUGACGGCCCUCCCGCCAGGCACCACGAAGAGCAUGCUCGAUUGGUCGAUCCAGCGGAACUGAGGCUUCAGAGCAUCCCCCGCCUCGCCGGAGAUGUCAGAGAAGUACCGCUGGAAGUCCGUGUUGUUGAAGGCGUGCUCGAAGCCGUGGAGCCAGAGGAUGAUGCCCUUGUCAGUGUCGAGGAUGAGUCGAUCCUCGCCCACCAAGUCGCCCUCCACAUUGGUGUUGAAGUCCCACAGCGACCGCAUGAGGUGUAGAUAGUUGGCGUGCACAGACACGUCCGGGAUGCCGGGAUCGGCCAUGAAGUACGCAAAAAGCCGACCGGUGACGUAUGCAUCGUAGCCUGCGAACGCGCGAAUGCACACACACAAACGUCACGCCCCUAUGUCCACCGGGGUGGCUGAUGUGCGGUCAUUUCGCACUAGCGUACCUGCUUCGUGGAACUUGGCGUUGCCCGCAUCUGCUCGGUAGGUGUCGAAGCCCUCAGCCAUGACGAACUCCACCGGCAGGGAAGACCUCUCUGCCAGCUGCUCAGUAAGGUCCUCCAGACCUACGCACGCACACGACAUCAAUCCAUCACACGAUAAGCCGACCUCUCUUCUGCACUGUCCUCCUUCCCACACCUGACCUGUGGAAUCGAAUUGCUUGUCGGGAUGAUGAGAGGCCAGCACUGCAGAAGCAGACGACAAGAGCCCCCUGCUUCUGUGUCCGUCUUACCUCUGUGUUUCUGCAUACGUUUUGUGUCGUAGGUGGUCGGCAGGAGGGCUGCCUUGGCCUUCUUGAAAGCCGCCGCACCGUCCGGCAGCGGCGCCUCCAUCCGGUGAUACAGGAACAGGAGGUCGUAGAGGCCAUUGUGGACCACGACCGGCUUUCUCGACUUACAUAUCAUCUUCCACACACGCCGGAGGCCCACCUGCUCACGGAAUACCUUCCUCUUGGCCGCCUUGUCGCGCUCCUCCCUCUCCUGUUUCUCCUCCACGGUCAGGUUGAGCACCACCCUCUGUGGAAUCCACCUGCUCUUGCCGGGGCGGGUUUCGACGAUGAGAUGCGGGAAUCUUGCCUCGAUGGUCUCGCGCACAGCCCGAGCUAAGAAUGUGUUACAGUUGGGGAGGACAAGCUCCUUGGCGCCGCUCUGCAGCAUGGCACCCACGCUCUCCAUGACGUUCGCCAGGUAGCUGAUGUCGUCCUGUCUGGUGAGUUCGAUCUUGUGCUGCGGCCUGCCGGGCAUGUCAAGAGGGUCUAGUUGCUGCGGUGUUGGGAAGAGUGACUCGGCGAGAUUUCUCUCGCCGGCAGCGUCGAGGUACGAGAUGCCCUUGCUCAUCCAGCGGCCGAAGUCAAAUGAAUGGGAUCGCAGAAAGUCCAUCGAGGACGAAUCGAUAAGAAGCUGCUGGGAGAAGCUGUCAUUGUGGGCCCGGGGGAAGCAAUAGAAGUUGAAGGGCCGCACUUCAUAUGUGCGCUUGCCGCUGCCACUGCUGUCUUGACCCUCCGCGAACAGACAGACGCCCCACUGUGCGAUUCCGUACUGAGAUGCGACUUUCUGCAUCUUGCCGUAACGCACAUCUGGAGUGUCGCUGGCUGAGAUCUUGGUAAAGGGGUUGCUGUUGAGAGUGAUGCCUGUCAUCUCGAGGUCAAUGGCGAUGAAGGCCGCCGAUGGAACUGCUGCUUCGAACAUACACAUGGCCUCCUCGGCGUUGUCGGUAUCAACAUUCAUGGCUGAAAGAACAGAAGGUGUCUACAGACACAAACAGGCACAAGAUGCGUUGACAGAUCUAUGUGGAAAGCACGGGGAAAGCACAACGGAGAAGGCGGAAUAUGGG